UAGACCGCUAUGCUGAACGAAAUUCUCUUAAAUCGCAAAUCAAACGUUUCUUUCAAAACUUUUUGCUUAUAGACUUUUCGUUUUCAAACUUAACUUUUUUUUCUGCAUUUUUUAAGCUAUGGUACGCACGGAUUGUAUGAAUUUGAACAAAUCGAAAAAACACCAAACCUGCAGGGGUUGCCCAAUGCGCAGCUGGUUUGGUAAUUCCACAAACUGCUUUUCAAAAGCGCCUCCUGGCAUACAGUAAGUGGCGUACAUUAAACCUGGAUUUCAGUUUGGGCGAUUUCCAGAAUGCGUUUUACUUCAUAAUGAAUUAGAAUUUUGUAGCAUGGUUAUCGAUUGCGAUUACGUGCGCAAUGGGAUUGCAAACUACUGAGCGCACUCUAGAGCCAGUUCAAACUUUCAUCGGAAGCGAAGGUCCUGUUACGAGUUUAUGCUCCGUUUCUAGUGGUUCACUGGCUGGACAUAUUAUUUCGGGUUCCUCGUUUGCUGCAGUUUAUGUUUGGGAUGUUGAAAAACGCAAACGUCUGACCUGCAAAUUUCGCUGCGAUAAUCGUGCUCCGAAGAACACUACUGUGUUUUGGACUCAUCCCGAUGAACGCGACACCGCCGAGUUAUUCGUCCACCUGCGCGAUGGAGUGUGUGGAGUGUGGAAGAUAAUCCCCUCUGGAGCCCAGGCACUGCGUAACUGUAAACUGAAUGAUCAGUUUGGAUUUUGUCCCGGCAGUGCUUUCGAUGCACAGCGAACUGUUUGUGUUCCGGCGGGACAGAUAGGAAAUAAUAACAGUGGUUUCGUGCUGCUGUCACAAGAUACUCUGGAGCCUGUCGGAGCCUUUAUCCCUAGUGUAGAUCAUUCCGUGCCGGUACGCACGUGCCGUUAUCGCGACCAUGAACUUUUUGUCGUCUAUGAAGAUGCAACUGUUGCAUUGUGGGAUGUUCGCUCGCAGAAUACACCUGUGUUUGAAUCUGACGUAUUUCGAAAGCAUCCGACAAUGAGCUCGGAAGAUUUGGGCGUUCCUAUGGCUUUGGACGUAGACGCGACCAGCGGCAUUGGUUUGUUGGGAACUUCUUCUUCCCUACUGCAGCGUUUCGAUAUCUUACCGGCGGAGUUAACGCUGAAAGACUCUAUCCGCAUGCCUGAAGAGGGUGUUAGUGAUGUGCGUAUCCGAUCCGAUGGGAAAAUAUGUACGGUAGCCAGCUGGGAUUACACCGCCAGAGUGUAUUCGUGGAAGUCUCUGAAACCGCUCGUGACACUCGAUAUGCACAGAGAUACCAUCCAGCGGGUUGAUUACGGAAUAUUCGAUGGAAAGAACUGUCUGGUUUUAGGAGGAAAAGAUGAAUUGUUAACGGUGUGGCCGUUAUAUUGAUUCUUUCGCAUUGAUAUUGAUUAUAUCCGCAGAAUUAUUGGGCUUCUGCGUUUGAUGACUUCAGCCGCCUUACAAAAGUUACAAUAAAGAGAUGCGAGGAUUAUUAACGUUUUAGCCAAAAACAUGUAGCUAUUUUAGUUUCCUCGUCGACCUGCUGUAUGUACUCACUGGUCGGUAUUUGUACAUGCACGCACGAUGCGUGAAACCUUGACCCGACAGUGUCAUGGCUAUGAGGAAACUAAAUAAUAAUCUUUUCGUUC